GCCGCCGCGCCCCGAGGAUCGGGGAGCCGCUGGCGCCGCCCAGGCGGGCAGCUGCGCCGCAGGCCUGCCGACCGCUGGAGGAGGUCCCCCCGCGCCGGGAUGGCGUGCCCGUGUCCGGGAUGGCCCGACGGCCACGGCCGCGGCAGUGGCGCGGCGGACGGGCCUGCGCCGGCGCCCGAGGGCCUGUCCGCGGCCGCUGCGGAGCAGAACACGGACAUGGUGGACAUCCCCGCGGGACGCUUCCCGAUGGGCAUCGAGAAGGAGCGAGUCCACUUCAGGCAGGACGGGGAGGGCCCGCUGCGACAAGUGAGGAUGUCGGGCUUCCGGCUGGAUCGGUUCGAGGUCAGCAACAGGAAGUUUCAAGAGUUCGUGGAGGAGACGGGCCAUGUGACCGAGGCAGAGUUGUUCGGGGAUUCCUUUGUAGCUGAGCUAUAUCUUUCAGAAGCCGUAUCGCGCACGGUUGAUGUCAAAGUCGCCGCUGUCCCUUGGUGGCUUCCCGUGAAGAAUGCUACGUGGAGGACGCCUGAGGGUUUAGACAGUGGUCUGGAUGGGGAGCGCAGCCGUUUCGGUGAUAGGUGGAACCAUCCAGUCGUGCAUAUUUCUUGGAACGAUGCCACCGCCUAUUGCCGAUGGCGAAACGCGUCGCUGCCAUCUGAGGCGCAGUGGGAGUACGCGGCGCACGGAAGCUCGAGCAGUCCGAAUUUGUACCCUUGGGGGAACCUCACAUAUGGCGAUCCAAAGAAGCACCGGAUGAACAUAUGGCAGGGCACUUUCCCAACGUCAAAUACGGCAAAGGACAAGUGGAUUAAAACUGCCCCCGUGGACGCAUACGGCCCACAAAACGACUGGGGAUUGUACAACAUGGUCGGCAAUGUGUGGGAAUGGGUCGGUGAUUGGUUCACACCGGUGCACUUCCUGACCGAGGAGACCCAGGCCACUGGCUUCGUCGACCCUCUCGGACCGUCAGUCGACGAGCUCGACCAGGUCGUGGAGAUGGGCUACAUGAGCAGGGACGGGUCCGGGCAGUUCGAGAAGGUCAAGAAGGGCGGCUCCUUCAUGUGCCACAAGUCCUACUGCUGGAGGUACCGCAUCUGCGCCCGCAGCCACCUCUCCGCGGAGAGCACAGCGCACCACGUGGGGGUGCGCUGCGCCCGCCCCGCGGAGGACGCGGAGGCGGCCCACUGGUCCCGAGCGCCCGAGCGCAGGCAGCCGCCCAGAACCCCCCAGUGA